AUACCUAGUCAGCAUCAUUCGUAUAUCCUCAACACGCAAACUGUCGACAUCAUGAAGUUCUCCACGGUCAUUGCUGUGCUUGCUCAGGCGUUCGCCGUCUCCGCGGCCGCCAUCCCUGAAGCUGCCAAGCGUGACGAGGACUGGAACGCCGCGGCGUGGUCCAACUUCAUCAAGACGUAUUUCGAGGGUUCUGAGGCUGCCAAGCGUGAUGAGAAUUGGAACGCGGCCGCUUGGUCCAACUUCGUCAAGAGCUACGUUGACGGAGCCGAGGAGGCCAAGCGUGAUGAGGACUGGAACGCGGCCGCCUGGUCUAACUUUGUGAAGAGCUACGUCGAUGGUGCCGAAGAGGCCAAGCGUGACGAGAACUGGAACGCCGCUGCUUGGUCCAACUUCGUCAAGAGCUAUGUCGACGGUGCUGAGGAUGUUAAGCGUGAUGAGAAUUGGAACGCUGCAGCUUGGUCCAACUUUGUGAAGAGUUAUGUCGAUGGUGCCGAGGACGCUAAGCGUGAUGAGAACUGGAAUGCGGCCGCCUGGUCCAACUUUGUCAAGAGCUACGUUGACGGCGCUGAGGAGACCAAGUGAUUCAGGACAUACCUCGAUCUUUGGACCGGCUGAGGACGUUUGUCUACUACCAGGACAUUCGUUUCAUGGCCUCAAUAGUUGCUACAUGUAAUUAGUCAUUCAUUUGGGAAUAGUCCUCUUAGCACCAUGAAUAUGAUCUGUGGCUAUGCAAACACAUUCAUGAGACAACGU